UAUAUGAGAAAGCUAGUCCUUCCUUUCUUGCUCCCUGGCCGUCUUGGAGGUUAUGCUUGGUUGGGGUCUAUCCCGCACCUAAGGCAGGAAGAUGGUGGCUGCAAAGAAGAUGAAAAAGUCGAGGGAGUUGAUCAACUCUAGACUCCGCCUUGUUAUGAAAAGUAGAAAGUACAUGCUGGUGCAUAAGCAGACUCAGAAGCUGACCGGACAAUGCAAAGCCAAACUGGUCAUCCUCGCCAACAGCGGUCCAGUCUUGAGGAAAUCUGAAAUAGUGUACUAUGCCAUUUUAGCCAAGACUGGCGUUCAUCACUACGGUGGCAAUGAUACUGAAUUGGGCACAGUGUGUGGAAAAUACUACAGAGAGUGCACACUGGCUGUCACUGAUCCAGGUGAUUCUGAUAUUAUCAGAAGCAUGCCAGAACAGACUGGUGAAAAGUAAAUCAUGCAAAAGUUUUCUUUAAUAAAACUGGCCAGAGCUUGGUUUAAGAAAAAAA